AUGUCGCUCACAUACUCUGCGGAGAGGCAGGUCGCCGUCGCCGCGGUCAGGCGUGCCUGCGCGCUGACCUCGUCCGUGUUCAACAAGCUCGUGCGGAACGAGACGCUCACGAAAGAUGACAAGAGCCCCGUCACUGUCGGUGACUUCGCCGCUCAAGCGGUAGUCAACACCAUCCUCUCCCGCACCUUCCCACACGACCCCAUCGUCGGCGAAGAAGACUCAAACGACCUCCGCGCCGACACGGGUGUCUCCCUCCGCGAGCGCGUUGUGGCCCUCGCCAACGAGUCGCUCACCGCGCCUCUUCAGCCCGGCGAAGACGAGUCAUGGGGCGUCGGUCCCACACAGCAGCGCACGACGGAAGAUCUUCUUGCCGCCAUCGACCGCGGCAACUACGAGGGCGGCAGAUCCGGGCGUAUGUGGACCCUGGACCCGAUCGACGGCACGAAGGGUUUCCUGCGCGGCGAGCAGUACGCGGUCUGCCUCGCGCUCAUCGUCGACGCGCGCGUCGAGCUCGGCGUCAUCGGCUGCCCGAACCUCCCCAGCCCCGACGGCACGCGCGGCGCGAUCUUCGUCGCCACCCGUGGCCACGGCGCGUUCCAGCUCCCCCUCGCGCCCGCUGAGUCCCUCGCUACCGACGAGCGGGGCGAGCGCCUGCGGAUACCCGCGUUCACGCCGGAGACGCUGAACCUCCUCGAGAGCGUCGAGAAGGCGCAUGCGAAACUGAGCUUCAAUGAGAAGGUGGCGAGGCUGCUGGGCGUAACCCGCCCGCCGACGAGGAUGGACAGCCAGGCGAAGUAUGCGGCGCUUGCAAGGGGAGAUGGCGGUGUUUACCUGCGCAUGCCCGUCGGUACUGGCUACAAGGAGAAAAUCUGGGACCAUGCACCUGGUUCAGUGCUCGUCGAGGAAGCAGGCGGGAUCGUCAGCGACUCACGUGGACGGCCACUUGACUUCGGCCUCGGCAGGACGCUCGGUGAAAACUUUGGCGUCGUCGCUGCGGGAAAGGAGGUACACGCGAAGGUCAUCGAGGCCAUACAGCGUGCAAAGGAGGAAGAGGCAAAGGAAGAAGGCCAGUAG